CUGUGCUGUGACGCUGUUUGGAGGAGACGGAGGGUCUCUCAGCCUGACACCGCCACAACACCGUCGUCCAGCUGGAGGAGGUCAGCUCGCCUGGGCUGCGCGGUCAUCUGGACACGGCGAUCGGCCAGAGACGCUCGCUGUCAGCCAGCCAGUCCGCCGUGUAAACAGGCUCGGCCUCGCUUCUGUCGUUCGAGCUUCUCCAGCGCUCAGAUAUGCACGGACGAGUGAAGGUAAAGUCCACGGCUCAGCAGGAGGAGGAGAAGAGAAAGGAGAGAGAGAAGAAGCUGAAGGUGUACCUUACUGUUCGUGAUGCUAUUUUCAAAAAGAGGGGUAACGGUGAACUGGAUGACGAAGCGCUCCAGCUCACGCAGCAGCUCCUGUCCUCUAACCCUGACUUUGCCACUCUGUGGAACUACAGGAGAGAGAUCCUGCUGCACCUGGAGACCAUAAAAGAGGAGGAGGAAACUCAGAAGCUGUAUGAGGCAGAGCUGCUCUUCAUUGAGUCAUGUUUGAAAAUGAACCCAAAGUCUUACGGCAGUUGGCACCACCGUGGCUGGGUGUCUUCCCGCCUGCCUCGGCCGGACUGGACCAGAGAACUCAGCCUGUGUGACCGCUGCCUCAGCCUGGACGACCGAAACUUUCACUGUUGGGACUACCGCCGCUUGGUAGUCAAAGCCUCUGGUGUUCCUGUGGAUCAGGAGCUGCAAUUUACGGAUCGUCUGAUUGGCUCCAACUUCUCUAACUACUCCAGCUGGCACUACCGCAGCACGCUGCUGCCUCUACUACACCCUGAAUCCGGCUCGGAGCCAGCGUCACCCUGCAGAAAGCACACCAACACACACACAUCCCCCACUGCCUCGCCUCAGACACACUCGCACAGAGUCUGUGAGGAGCAGCUACUCAAAGAGUACGAGCUGGUUCAGAACGCCUUCUUCACCGACCCGAAUGACCAGAGCGCCUGGUUCUACUACCGCUGGCUGCUGGGUAGAGCUGAGCGUGAGGAGUUGAUUAGCUGCGUGUAUGCGAGCCGGGAGGGAGAGAGAGUGGCUGUGGCUUUCUCCAAACCAGUCAACGCUCUGGCAGAGGGUCUGAUGUUGGUAUUAGAUGGUCAGCAGCAGCAGGUUGAGUGGAGGAGUGCUCAUCCUCGCUUCCGCCACAGUCCUGUCUGGCUGUGUGAACUUCCUCCUGGAUCUAUCAGCGACAUCAACAACGAACACAACCUGACGGUGCACUGGACGGAGAAACACACACACAGAGACUGCGCUCUCUAUACAGGUCGGCUUGAGAGCUGGUGCCGGGACUCUGCCACGGACCAGGAGCUUUUCAGGAGUGAACUGUCUGUAGAGAAGACGUCGGUUCUGCAGUCUGAACUCCAGUCAUGUACCCAGCUCCUGGAACUGGAGCCUCAGAACAAAUGGUGUGUGCUGACUAUAAUCCUCCUGAUGAGAGCUCUGGAUCCUUUGGGUCACGAGAAAGAAACACUUGCUCAUUUUCAGACGCUGAAGGAGGUGGACCCCAUGCGCAGCUCCUACUACAGUGAUCUCUGCAGUAAGUUUAUGAUCGAGAACACUAUUCUGAAAAUGGAGUACGCGGAAGUGCGAGUCUUCAGUCUCUCUGACAAGAACCUGAGCACGCUUUGUCACCUGGAUCAGCUGCUAUUGGUCACUCAUAUCAAUCUGUCCUCCAAUCAGCUUGUGACGCUGCCACCCCAGUUUUCCAUGCUGCACUGUCUCGAGGUGCUGGAGGCUGAUGAUAAUGUCAUAGAGAAUCUGGAGGGAUUAUACCAUCUGCCCAAACUAGAAGAGGUGUCUUUGAAAAAUAAUCAAAUCUCGAAGCUCUCUGAUCUGGAGCCGCUGGCGUCCUGUCCCAAGCUGACCAGACUGGAUCUCCGUGGCAACCCGGUCACCAAAACUGCCAAUAUCCAGGCAGAACUAAGCCAGCUGCUGCCGUCAGUUACUGACCUUCUGCUUUGAUAGAAAUAUCAAAUCAGCAGCAUGCGUGUCUGGGUUUGUGUCCGCGUGCGUGUGUGUGUGUGUGCGUGCGUGUGUAUGUGUGUGUGUGUGUGUGUGUGUGUGUGUGUGUGUGUGUGUGUGUGUGUGUGUGUGUGUGUGAGAGAGAGAAAAAGGAUGUUUGUUUCAUCUUCACUGUUUCUUCCUAAAGUGGAGACUCAUCAGUAAUAACACUGGUUUUAGUACUGUACACCUGCACUGGACUGAAAGAGACUUCAGAACAUCCUUACGUAUGUAUGUACACUACAUGUGUAAAAGUUUGUGGACACCCAUUCUUAUUACUGGUUUUAGCUGCAUUAAGGUCCCCUACUGCACAGGAGUUCAAUUGUGCACACACAGCUUUCAUCAUCUCCAUAGAAAAACACUGGCGGUAGAAUCGGACUCUCUAGAGCAGCCUCACAUGAGCCACAAGUCACCAAACCCAUUGCCAGGUGUGGGCUAGAAGGGUAUAAAGCCCCCAGCACUGGCCUGUGAAGCAGUAGAAGUGGUUUGAGUUGGGGUGGUGUUUGAGAUCCAGAACUGAUCACCCAACAUCAGUACCUGACCUGAUUUUGUGGCUCAAUGCAAUCCAGUCCUCACAGCAGUGUUCCAACAUCUAGUAUAAAGCCUACCCAGAGCAGUGCAGGCUGUUACUGCAGCAAAGGGGAACAAACUCCCUAUUAAUUCUUUUGAUUUUGGAAGAAACAUUGGAUGAGCGGGUGUCCACAAACUUUUGGCCAUGUAAUGUAUGUGUUUGUAUGUCUUAAAGUGUGUAAAUAUGUUUGUUUUAGUGUUCAAGUGUCAGAAAUCUAACUGCAUGCUGAUAUAAAGAGUCGAAUGCA